UUUACCAGUUACCACCCGACACAGCUGUCAUAGAAGAGAAAAUCUCACGAGAUUCCUCUCCCCCUUUGAUUCUUCCCUUCCUCUCUCUCUCUCUCUCUCUCUCUGCGCAGCCGCCAUGUGUGGAAUCCUUGCUGUAUUCGGCUGCAUCGAAAAUUCCCAGUCCAAACGCGCACGAAUCAUCGAACUUUCUCGCAGGUUGCGACACAGGGGUCCUGAUUGGAGCGGUUUACACUGUUAUCAAGAUUGUUACCUGGCCCAUCAACGGUUGGCUAUCGUCGAUCCUACUUCUGGAGAUCAGCCACUUUACAAUGAAGACAAAACAAUCGUUGUUACGGUUAAUGGAGAGAUUUAUAACCAUGAGGAGCUGAGAAGAAAUCUGACAUCUCAUCAAUUUCGAACUGGCAGUGACUGUGAAGUUAUUGCUCAUCUUUAUGAGGAAUAUGGAGAGAAUUUUGUGGAUAUGUUGGAUGGCAUGUUCUCCUUUGUUCUUCUUGAUACCCGCGACAAAAGUUUCAUUGCUGCACGGGAUGCUAUUGGUAUUACCCCACUCUACAUGGGCUGGGGUCUUGAUGGAUCAAUUUGGUUUGCUUCAGAAAUGAAAGCUUUGAGUGAUGAUUGUGAACGUUUUACAGUUUUGCUUCCUGGGCAUAUAUAUUCCAGCAAAAGCGGAGAGCUCAAAAGGUGGUAUAACCCACCAUGGUAUUCAGAGCGCAUACCCUCAACUCCUUACAAUCCCUUGGUUUUACGUGAGGCAUUUGAGAAGGCUGUGGUUAAGAGACUUAUGACUGAUGUACCCUUUGGUGUACUCCUAUCUGGAGGGCUUGACUCAUCACUUGUCGCUGCUGUUGCGUCACGCCACUUGGCAGAAACAAAAGCUGCUAUGCAGUGGGGAUCUCAAUUACAUACAUUUUGCAUUGGUUUGAAGGGUUCUCCAGAUCUCAAAGCUGCCAGAGAGGUUGCAGAUUAUCUUGGCACUGUUCAUCAUGAGUUUUACUUCACGGUACAGGAGGGCAUAGAUGCAAUUGAGGAGGUCAUAUAUCAUAUCGAGACAUAUGACGUGACCACUGUUAGAGCCAGCACUCCCAUGUUUUUGAUGUCCCGAAAAAUCAAGUCUUUGGGUGUGAAGAUGGUUCUUUCUGGGGAAGGUUCUGAUGAAAUUUUUGGAGGCUACUUGUACUUUCACAAGGCCCCUAACAAAGAGGAGUUGCAUUUAGAAACAUGUCGCAAGAUUAAAGCUCUUCAUUUAUACGAUUGCCUGAGGGCCAACAAAGCAACAUCAGCAUGGGGUGUAGAAGCCCGUGUACCCUUUUUGGAUAAGGAUUUCCUCAAUACCGCGAUGGAUAUUGAUCCAGAUUGGAAGAUGGUAAGACCCGAUCUUGGUCGUAUUGAGAAAUGGGUUAUGCGCAAUGCAUUCGAUGAUGAUCAGAACCCAUACCUGCCAAAGCACAUACUAUAUAGGCAGAAGGAACAAUUCAGUGACGGAGUCGGGUAUAGCUGGAUUGAUGGCUUGAAGGAGCAUGCAAACGAACAUGUUACUGAUGCUAUGUUGAUGCAUGCAAGCUUUGUUUAUCCUGAGAAUACUCCCACAACGAAAGAGGCAUACUAUUACCGAAGCAUCUUCGAGAGGUUCUUUCCCAAGAAUGCAGCAAGAUCAACAGUACCAGGAGGCCCGAGUGUGGCAUGCAGUAGUGCCAAAGCAUUGGAAUGGGAUGUGGCUUGGUCGAAAAACCCUGACCCAUCAGGCCGGGCUGCUGUCGGAGUACAUGCUGCUGCUUAUGAGGAAGCGCCAGGUUCACUUCCCGGUGCGAACGGUGCUGUUUCGGUGGACUUUUCUCAGAAACUGGAGGAAGGUGUUAUAGUGGCAGCUGUAACUGCUGUUUGACUGAUUAUUCCAUGUCAGCGUCUAAUCAUAUGAAUCUUUGAAAACGGAAGGAACAUUUUCCUUCCUUUGCUGCUAAGGGCGUAGUAUGGUAGGCCACCGUUUUGUGAUGAGCAUGGGAGGGGGGGAUUGUCAGUUCAUUACCUUUGUGAUUUUAAUUGCCAUUUUUACGAGGAAAGUAAGGAAUGCUACCUA